AUGUACUCCACACCUUUGAAAAACCGAUAUGAUUAUGGUGCCACUCAAUUUGUUGAUGCACAACAGGUGAACGGAGUUACUAAUAACAACAUAAUUGGAAGUAGCAAUGGUGUAGCUACAGGGAACAUGGGUACUACUUAUAAGACUCCUGGUCCUUUAUCUACAAAUGUUGGGAUUAGAUCAACACUCAACUAUCCACCAAGCCUGGAUUCAUCUAUUUUGACUACAACUACAGAACAUGUCAGAAUCCCAGGGCUUGCAUCUGCUAAGCCAUUAGAACUGGCUAGCCAGUACGUGGAUCAUCUAUACAGAAUGGAUGCUAACACACCUAUCCUAGAUGAGAGAUCCUAUUAUAACAACGGUGUUAAUUACAAUUUCACUAAAGAAGUUGGUGGACUAGGUGCUUUUACUCCUUUCGAGAGACAAAAAGUUGUAAGCAUACCGGAUGACAUCUUGCAGGAAGCCUCAAAUACUGAGCUAAAAAGUGAUAUGGGUAUAUUCCCAGAAAUAGACCGUUGUUGGUUUACCAUUGAUAACAGAAUCAUAUUAUGGAAUAUCAAUGAUAGCACAGAAUAUCAGACAAUUGAUGAUAUAAAACAUGCAAUUUUGAAGAUACAAUUAGUUAAACCAAAACCAAAUACAUUUGUUUCCCAUGUCAAACAUCUUUUAGUGGUGGCAACUGUAUUCGAUAUCUACAUCUUAGCUGUCUCAUACAAGAAGGAGACUAAUGAGUUGAGUAUAUUCAACACUGGAAUGUCAGUUAAUGUACAAGGAAUGAAUGUAAACAAUAUUACCUGUUACGAGAAAACCGGUCAAAUCUUCUUCAGUGGUAAAUCAAACGGAUUAAAUGUUUGGGAAUUACAAUAUACAGGUUCUGACGAUUGGUUUAAUAGUAAAUGUACUAAGAGCUGUAGAACACAAUCAACUUUUUCAAGCUUACUGCCAACAAAUAUUUUAUCCAAGUUGCCUGGUAGUAACUUAGUGCAGUCUAUGUUUGAUGACAGUAAUUCGCAUGGCCAAGAGAGCAUUAUUCAAAUUACUAUUGACCAAUCUAGAGGAAUUUUAUACACACUUUCAUCCACUUCAAAGAUACAUGCAUAUAUCAUAACGGGGAAAUCUCUCGAAGGUGCUAUCUCUGUUGAACCAUCAUAUAUAAAAAGAAUUAUUGGUGCCACAACAGCAAGGGGUGCGCCAAUCUUGGCUCCAAAAUACCUCAAGUUGGCGAAGUUGUCUCCUGUAGUACAAGCAGAGAAUGGCAACUUAUUCUUGGUAGCAAUCACUAUCGGAGGAGUUAGAUUGUACUUCAACGGUUUUGUUGGUAGAACCUCCAUCGAAGCUUUGAGGCUAGAAUCAAUAAAAUUCCCUCCAAGUUCGGUAACCCCAGAAAUUUUACAGAAAGAACUAGAACAACAGCAACUAGAACAGCAGAAGAGAAGUUUGCCCUUCUACUCCACUCUUAACUCUACAGAAUCUGUAGUUUUGAAAUUCCAAAAAAAAUCAUCUGUUCUAUUAGAAACUACAACUUCUGCUGAAAUUAUCUCUCCAGGAAUUUUUUUCUCUGCCGUUGUCAAAAAUAAUGAAAACAAUAACAAUGCUAACCAAAAUAAGGACAACACAACGCCAUCAGAUAACAAGUUCACAGAACCAGAGAACAAACUAUUUGUAUCUGUCCCUGAUUAUGGUAUCUUAAAGACAUUCGGCAAAUACGUCGAGAAUGCCACUUUUCUUGAUACCGUAUCUCCAGUUAAAGAAAUUAAAGUUUUGACUAAAACUUUCAAUGCCAGCAAUAAGCCUGAGGGAUAUGCUAAUACCUUUGCUACCCAAUAUUCAUCCGAGGAGCUUAAGAUUGCAGUUUUGACCAAUUCUUCAUUAGAGAUAUACAGAUACAGAACACCAGAUGAAAUCUUUGAAAGUCUAAUUGAUAAUCCUCUCCCAUUUAUUUUGAAUUAUGGUUUAACAGAAGCAUGCUCGUCGGCAUUAUUUGUUACUUGUAAGUUUGAUAAAUCGGAAUUAUUAAGGUCAAAGGCCUUAACAUUCUAUACAGUAGGUAUUCCAGGUGCUAUUGACAUCAAACCAUCCUACAGCAGGAAUAUUGUUACUUCGUUAUUGUCAAGAUCGUCAUUAUCAUCGACAACACCUCAAAAAUCAACUAUGUCAUUAGACACUUUAAGAUCACAACAUAGUUCUCGUUCAGAAAACGAUGUAGGAUAUGACGUAGAUGAUGUUAUAUUAUCACCCAGAUUUUACGGUUCUACACUGUUAAUAACAAGAUUAUUCAGAGAUGUUUGGCGUAAAAAUGUUUUUGUUAGUGACCCAAAGGUAACAUCAUCCCAAACAAACAAUAGUUCCAAAGAAAACAAUGUUAUCACAAAUAUUUCUGUGUCCAAAUCCGAUAUCGAAUACUACUUGUCAUCCAUUUCUAUAUUAGGUGAGUUUUUUACAAAAUAUGGUGACACAAUCGCUACAGUGUCAUCAGCAAACGUAGUUACUGAAAAUGGAUACAAAACUUUUGACAAAUCUGAAGAUGUUGCAAACCAAGCGGAAAGCAUAGCCUUUAAUUCACUAUUCAAACUUGUUCAAUCUAUGAAGGAAGCGUUGUCUUUUUUAAAUGUCCUUUUUGAAGAAAGUGAGAUGGAAGGUAUCGAAAAUCCUUACGCAGCAUUCAAGGAUAUAAUUGGAUUUUUGAACAGGAACACUCAAUUGCAGCUAUCAAGAUUAACAUUCAAGGAUCUAUUUUCCCCCAAUGAAAAUACUAGAUCUCUACUGAGAGAAAUUCUACUCUCUAUAAUCAAUAGGAAUAUAAGCAGAGGGACAUCAAUUGAAUAUAUCGCCAGUGCACUACAGGAGAGAUGUGGCUCAUUUUGUUCAAGUGAUGAUAUUUUGAGCUUCAGAGCUACCGAACAUUUGAGAAAAGCUAAGGAAAUAGGUCUGAAAGACAGUGAUACCUUAAAAUUGCAUUUAAAUAGUGCUGUCAAAUUGUUUGAAAGCAUAGCCAAAUGCCUAUCAAUGGAAAAAUUAAGGGAAAUAACCUCCAUUAUGCUGUCCUUGGAUUGCUAUGCGAAGACAAUCGAAUUUUUACUGAAUAUAGCCAAUGCUAUUGACAAGGGAAAUUUAGCAGCUCAAUAUGUGGAUAAUGGAUCAUUAAUAAACGACGAAAGAAAAAAAUUCUAUGACAGAAGAAUUCAAAUUUAUGAUUUAGUUUUUGAAGUGUUAGUAAAGGUUGAUCAAUUAUCAGUAUCGCCAAACCUUUCAUAUCCUACUGCUUCUGUUUGUAGUGAGACAGAUAUUGCUGCCAUGAGAACGGAGACUUAUAGGGUUAUUCUUAACUACAACGAUAAACUUUUCCAUUAUCAUAUGUAUGACUGGCUUGUCCGUGAGAAUAAUGAGGACAAGAUUUUACAAUUGGACACACGUUUCAUAUUACCAUAUUUACAAGAAAAAUCGCAGAGUUCUCUUCAAAUUUCGAAUAUUAUGUGGAUCUACCUAUCGAAAAAAUCUAGAUACUAUCAAGCUGCCCAAGUAUUGUAUUCUCUGGCCAUUUCUAAUUUCGAAAUAAAGCUAAGUGAAAGAAUUGAAUGUCUUUCAAGAGCAAAUGGUUUCUGUAAUAGCGCCUGCCAGCUGAGCGAAAAACAAAAAAUGAUACAAUUGGCCAGUGAUAUACAGGAAGUUCUGGACAUUGCAACUGUACAAGAAGAUAUCCUAUCAUUGGUAUUAUCUGAUUCAAGAAUAGACCCAACUACAAAAUCAGAGUUACAAACCAAUUUAGAAGGUAAAAUCUUACCGGUCAGCGAUUUGUUCAAUGACUAUGCUGAGCCAUUAGGUUAUCAUGAAAUAUGCAUAUGUAUUUUCAAGGUUUCUGAUUUUAGGGAUCAAGAUGAAAUAAUGUCUAAAUGGCAUGAACUUUUUGAUUCUUUGAAGAAAGAAGUUAAUUUUGAGCAAAAUCCAGAUGAAACUACUAACUUCUUGAAUCUAUUAUCGAACGUUGUGAUAAAAAUAGGUAGAACAGUCCACACAUCUGAAUAUGUAUUCCCUAUUACCGAACUUUUCCCUAUCAUUUGUGAUAUUAUUCAAUCGUUGCCUCAAAAGUAUGUCAGAGAGGGGUUUAUAAGUUCAAUUUUCAUUUCUGCUGGCAUAUCGUACAGUAAAUUAUAUUAUAUUAUCAAGGAUUUGAUUGAAACAUCUGAUUCAGUAAACGAACUAUUCAAGAAGGAAAUGAUUAGCCUAAUCAAAAACUGGUAUGAAAAUGAUGCCAAAGUCAGAGAUGCUUUUACUUACGAAGAAAUUAAUAAUUUAUCACAAUAUGAAGUUAGCAACGAUCCAAUCAACAAAUUUGUCAAAAGAACAGGCUUGAAUCUUUGA